AUGGCGAUCCAGCAACCAAAGUGGGCCCUCCCGCAGAGGCAGGCCGAAGAGCCUGUGCUGAAGGUGUACAACUCCCUGACCCGCACAAAAACGGAGUUCGUGGCAAACAACGGGAGACACGUGAAGUGGUACAACUGCGGGCCGACGGUGUACGACGCGUCGCAUAUGGGACAUGCUAGAAACUAUGUCACGCAGGAUGUAUUGCGGCGCAUCAUGUCCGAUUAUUUUGGCUAUGACGUCCACUUCGUAAUGAACAUCACGGAUAUCGACGACAAGAUCAUCCUCCGCGCCCGCCAAACAUACCUUGUGGACACGUUCCGCUCAGAGACGCGGGAGCUGACUCCACAGGUCUUGAAAUUUGUGCAAGAAUCAUGGUCGGAGUACGUGCUGUCCAAGGUCGGCAAGGGUCUUCCAGAAACAGAGCGUCCUGGCAAAGGCAAAGAGAAGGAAACGUGGCCUCAGCUAGUUGCUCGGUUCCAGGACAAGGCAUGGAAGCAGGAGUGCCUGAAGAGGGACGAAAAAUUUGAGAUGCAUUUCUCCGCUGCGAACCGCACACACUCCGCGCUGGAGGCGGCGGAGAUCUCUGCAAUUUCCGGAAGCAGCUCGCAGGAAGAUGCCCACCGACUGAUAGAUGAGUCGAAGGAUAUCCUUGCGAUAUCCCUGGACAAGCAGCACGGCAGCACCGUCACGGACCACUCCAUUUUUCGCUCGCUAUCAAGCUAUUGGGAGGGGGAGUUCUUCACGGACAUGCGCCGUCUGCGUGUCCGCGAUCCAGAUACGCUCACUCGGGUGACGGAAUUCGUGCCCGAGAUUGUGGCGUUCGUGGAAGGCAUCGUGAAGAACGGGUAUGGCUAUGCGGUUGACGGAAGCGUCUACUUCGACACGCGCGCCUUCGACAAGGCGGACGGGCACGACUACGCGAAAUUGGAGCCGUGGAGCAAAGGCAACUGGGAACUUCUAGAGGAAGGCGAAGGUGCUCUGUCCGUCGCCUCGGGGCGUCGAUCGCCCGCAGACUUCGCACUCUGGAAGGCGUCAAAGCCUGGCGAGCCUUCCUGGCCGUCUCCCUGGGGUUCGGGGCGACCAGGAUGGCACAUCGAAUGCUCAGUUAUGGCGUCUGCGAUCUUCGGCGCGAACAUGGAUAUCCACUCGGGCGGCAUAGACCUUGCGUUCCCGCAUCACGAUAAUGAAAUGGCGCAGUCAGAGGCUUACCACAACUGCCCUACAUGGGUAAACUACUUCCUCCACACCGGACACCUGCACAUCGAGGGGCUGAAGAUGAGCAAGUCGCUCAAGAACUUUAUCACCAUCGAUGAGAUCCUCCAGAAGUACAGCGCACGCCAACUGCGGCUCGCUUUCCUGACUCAGCUGUGGAACGCCAAGGUUGACUUCUCGGAGUCGCUCAUGACGGGCGAGGUUCGCAUUCUCGAGACUGCUUUCAACAACUUCUUCACCACCGUCAAGGCGCUCGUCAGCCAGGCGGAAGCAGACGGGCCCAAUAUGGAUAGCGCGACCCGCUACAGGGAUGCAGAGCGCGAGCUUGUUGAUAGCUUGCAUGCGGCCCAGGACGCGUUCCGGGUCGCGCUGUGCGACUCGUUCAACACGCCUGUCGCGCUGGACGUCCUGCGCGACCUCGUCUCACGCACAAACGUCUACAUCAACACGCGCAGCACCGACCUGGACAUUGGCGCAGUUGUGAUAGUCACCCGCUGGGUCGGCCAGAUGCUCCGCAUGUUCGGGCUGGGCGAGGGUGAGACCUCGGAGAUCGGCUGGGGGCAGGAUCGAGAUGCCGCGGAAGGCGGCAUAAACCGAGAAGAGGUUCUCAUGCCUUAUCUCCGCACACUAUCUACAUUCCGUGAUGGCGUGCGAAGGCUCGCCAUCGCGGGGGGCGAGGGGGCAUUGAAGGAGAUCCUAACGCUUUCGGACAAACUCCGGGACGUUGAUUUGGUUCCGUUGGGUGUGGCCUUGGAUGAUAAGGACGACGGGAAGGCAUUGGUCAAGCUAGUUCCUCCCGCGGAUUUAAUCAGGGCUCGCGACGAGAAACGUGCACAGGCAGAUGCCAAGGCGGCAAAGAAGGCUGCUGCAGUCGAGGCUGAGCGCCAGAAGCGAAUGCAGAAACUAGAGAAGGGGCGUGUCGCGCCACAAGACAUGUUCAAGCCACCGAAUGUCCCGAAAGGCUUGUAUGGCAGCUGGGAUGGGAACGGCUUACCAUUAACCGACGGCGAGGGAAAGGAGCUGAGCAAGAAUCAGACAAAAAAGGUGCAGAAGGAUUGGGCGCUGCAGAAGAAACUGCACGAGGAGUUCCUGGAAUGGCAGAAAACGGAGCAUGCGUGAUGGUCGGAUUCUAUAGACGGCGUAGAUCUGCUCGCGACAUGUAGAAGAGGUGUUGUAGAACACGCCAGCCGCCGUCUACACUUUAGGCUAUGCUAUGGCAUUACAUCU